UGAAGAGCCAGGUGAAGAGUAGAUCAAGAGCAGGUGAAGACCCAGACAGCCACAGACGCUCUUUACAUACUGCAAGACGCAUCAUUGGGCUUCAAGUGCAGCGAGAUGAACGGCACCGCAGCGAUGCAUGGCGAGACGGCACAAGAUAUCGCCGACAUCCCAUCAUACCUGUACAAUCAAGGCUUCCGACGCGGUGCAUUCAGUGAUACACGACUCGUGCUGCACCCUUCACAACGCCUCCUGGCACAAUUCCACACAACAGGUCAGCAACCACCUGCGUUUCCAGUCUACAGCCUGCAUGCACUCUUACUAGCUCGCUCCCCGACGCUAUUUGCAUGCCUUGCACGACAGGGCAACCAUCCUCCUCCGUAUACGCUGCAUCUAGAGUUUGACGAUGCGCAUCUGACGGUGGAGGGACUGGAUGUGGCGUUGGGGACGUUGUAUAGCGGUGGAUCAGGACUACCUGGCGCUGUGCUCUUGCAUGAACAAGACAGACCUGCAGCGACCACGUCAGUGUCGGUGUCUGGCUCACCGACUCCUUCACAGACGAGUAGCGGCUUGCAUGUUGGAUUGCUGGCUGCUGCUCAGCUACUUGGACUUCAUGGACUCGCACAGCAGGCAUGGCAGGCAUGUACGACGCGUUGGCGAACAGAGGAAGGCGUCGCAGAGGGUAUUCGCUAUGCCUUGUCUAUGGGAUACUUGGACUCACCGGCGCCGGAAGCAGGUGCCGACACUGGAGGAAAACACGCUGGACGAGUGCUGCUGGAUGACUUGCUAGAGCAGCUUGUUCGGGCAUUGCCAAGUGCCGCUCUCGAAGGCGUCUUGGUGUCACUGCCCUUCCCACUUGUGAAGCAGAGUUUGGAGCAUGAACAGCUGCAGCUCUCGAGCAUGGACCGACACAACUUUGCACGUCGCAUCGUUGAGCAGAGGAGACAGGCGGGUGUUUUGGCACCAGGCGUGGAGGAGUCGGUGGUGAUGGCAUUUGGCGGAGACUCGCGCAGUGGUGGCAUUGAGAUACUGAGGCGGGAGCGAGGUGCACGCAAGAAGCAGCUCUGGCGUGCGCCGCAGUGAGGUCCAUGGCUAUGUUCAUGAUCAUGUCAUGUCCAUGUCCAUGUCCAUGUCUACAGCUACAGCUACAGCUACAGCUACAGCUACAGCUACAGCUACAGCUACAGCU